ACACGACAACAACAUCAAGAGAACGGCGGUCCUCGUCAACGACCAGCAUUUCCCUGUGGAGUGGAAAAGUGUCGUCCUUUCGGUGAUCAUUGGAGAUCGCGCCAAAGGCAAAAAAAGCCCUCGGGGCGUUGAUGAAUGCAUCAACAUUAUGUGGACGAGGACAAGCGCCUUGAUGACGCUGGCCCAGUUUACAUCGACCCAUUGAGUGCCAUAGAUCAUAAGGAGGCGCUGGGAAAAUUAGGGCAUCAGCUACGCUCCCACACUUGCGUGCUCGACUUGUGCGGAACUGUGGACCGUGCGCAAUGGGACUUUGGGGCAUUCGCGUCUCUGAGUGAGUUGCUGGGCUUCGUUUGUCAGGACUACUGGACAUUGGUGGUAUUCGUUCCCUGCCUGUGGAACCUCUCCUUCAUGACAUCUUUGUCGGCGCUUGGGGCUACCCGAUGCUACGCGGGGAAGUGGGUUCGGAAGAUGGCAGCGAAGAAGACGCAUCAGUUCGGAAACAGCGUCUGGGAGGAGCCGGAUGUGAUGCACAUCCUUUUCAGAGGCGAGGAUCCUCGGCUACUGACUCACCCGGUGUACGAGGGAGUUGUUGCAGAAGACAACGACGACGCUCUCCGGAGGAAACAGAAAGUGACACCCACGGAUGUAGAGGAGAAGUCUUUCAAGUCCUUGACUUUCGCGGACAUCGGAAACCUCACCCAGAGGGGAGCUCURUACAAGGACGGCGAGCGGAAUCCGAAUCAGUGGUGUGGAGUCUGCUUCAGCCUGCUUCGGCAGGGAAGGCACGUCUUGGCCGUGGAUGGGGACACAACGCAGCUCGAAUACACCGUGCAGUAUGUCACCCAUGAAGUGUCAUCCAAGGGUUACCCAUGCGAUUUCCACCAUGUCGUGGUUGAGCCCAUUUAUGACCCGAACAAGGAUAUGUUCUUCAAGUUGACUCCGAAGAAAAGGCGCCAGGUCUACUCCUUCCUUUACGGCGAACAACCAAGGUUGAGAUUUGACCCGAAGUACGUGGUGCGGAAGGAAGUCACCAUUGCGGUCCUCCAGGGCUACCACGGAGGAAGUCGGGCCGGCGUUGUGAGCUCCAUUAAGAGGCUGGAAUAUGUAUUUUUUAAUGAGGAUGUUGUCGAUCCCGCCGACAUCACUUUGGAUAACUACAAGCUGGCAUUCGGUGAGGAGGACGACUUCAAUAUCGAGACUGAGCAGGAGGAGAGCGUUGAGGACGACCUCUUCGAUUUGGACGGGCAAUUGGCCAUCUUCAACGCCCAAGUUCCUGAGUCGCCGACGUCAGUAUGCAAAGCAGGGACACCUCUCGCUACACCCACCUCGGGCGGCCCCACGCCCGUGUCCUCCUCAGCGCCCGUCAAGAGGGGUGGGUUGUCCCGUCUGAGGAGUUCGCCGGGGGAGCCUAUUCGUCUCACACCGCAGCCCGAACAUCUUCGACCCGACCUUCCAUUUCCUCCGGACCAUCUGCAUCUCAAGGCUCCUGCGACUCCCUUCCACAUGGGCGACAAACACACCUUCUCCACAGCCGAAGAUUGGGGCCAUGAUAUCGUGUGGCACCCAGACCAUUUCCAGCCAGUCCUUCUCGACGUCGAAUGGGCAGUGGCUGUGAGGGACGUAAGUGGAGGGUGGAUAUAUGACGAUCCUUGGGACAUCGAAACAUUCAAAUCUCGCACCUACGAUGCGGUUUUGGAGAGAUCAAGUGAGGUCAAUCGACGAAGUAAGGACGACCCUACUCUGCGGGAAUACAGGGACACGCUGUUCGAUUUAUUGCAGUCAAAUAAAUGGCUAAAAGUGUCCUCUGCGUUCUACGCCCUUCCGUCAAGCCCGUCAAUUAAGCAAGUGAGUUGGGAGUUGCCUGCGGGCACCCCGCCRGCAGGAGUUGUGAAGCGCAAGUCUCGCGGAAAGGAAGGCGAAGGGGAUGGUGAAGGCAGCGGGCAACGAGGUACCGGAGGUGGAAGUGAACAGCGUUCAACGAAACAGCAGUCUUCGGGGCACGCAGGCGGCGGAGAGGGGAAAAAGGGAAGACGGGAGAAGAAAAAGCCUCGCAGCGGAGAGAAGACAAAGCAUCACACAGGAGACGGGCAGGGGUCCGAUGUCGACCGCGACGAGGACGGUGGGAUUCUGGCGAUGACAGGCAGCACCUCAAUGGAGACGGGGAAUGACUUCAGGCCUGGGUGGAUUACACGGCCUGGCGAGCAGGACCUUGUGAUUAGCUYCACCAGCGGACACAGACGAUAUGACCGGAUUGAUCCGACACACGGCAACGUCGGGAUGGAGCAACCAGUUCAGCCGGCAUACGACGACCCCUUGUACUCCGGCCUUCACGACGAGGCGAUGGGAGAGGACGUUCUGAAGAAGUCCUCUGACGCUGUUGGAGAUAGAUUUCUCUAUUUGAGUGACGAGGAUAAAGACACAGCACACGAGGACAAGAAGUUAGGGGGGGGAGAGGUGUUGUUGGACAUCCAUGGGACCUUGAGCACAACACAAUGCGACACAGUGGAGACGGAGGAAACCCAUCCUGUCGAUGUUGUGGACGUCGACACUCUUUGUCCGGAGACGGACAUACUAAAAUUGCCCGUCGCGGACGUAGAGGAUUUCCGCCAUCGGGAUGGGGAUGAAUUCAUGCCGUCUCCGGUAAUCGAUGCCGACAUCUCGAACCUGUCAAGUUUCCCUGUGAGUUUGGAGCACGUCAUCGCCGCGUCGACGCGCACGGGGGCGCCAAUCGUGCUGGGACUGCCAUCGGUGGGCUCUGGUGACGUUGAAGCUAAGCCUGGGUUUCUUCGAGAUGGAAGAGCAGUCCUUGAAGACAUUAUCUGCUCUCGUUUGCCGCUCACUAUCAUUGUCGCGCGUUUGCCAUCGCACAAUUUACAGGUUUCCCUCAAGGACAUCGUCGCACUCGUGGAUGGAUCCGGGGAGCUCAACGAUGAGGUCGUCAAUUUCGACAUGGCGAUGUUACUGGACGACUGCGGCCGGACUGCUGCUACCAAGAAGACGUAUACCUUUAACUCUUUCUUCGCCUCUAUACUGCUUCUGCGAGGUCCGACAGCUGUUUGUAGAUGGGCUAAAGAUGUGGACCUCCUGUCUCAUGACCUCCUCUUGGCAACAGUGCACAAGGACGGUGAACACUGGAGCCUUUUGGCCAUUGACUUCUCUAGACGUGUUUUGAAAAUCUAUGAUUCUUUCUCGUGUUCGUCAUCUAAAGAUAACUUUUACUCUGCACUUUUAGAUAAAUCUGUUAAAUUUUUGAAUACGGUGGCAGGUGCCGCCGGUGAUAGUCGCACUUUCGACCGCUUCGCUCGCGAGGUCAGCGUGAAAGGUGUCCCUCGGCAGCACAAUAAGGCUAGUUGUGGGGUGUUCAUGUUGAUGUUCGCUUCGUGUUUGGCGAGAGGUUUACGUCCACCUUUUGGUUUCUCCCAUAGACACAUCUCCUCUAUCAGAGCUAGACUAGCUUUGGCGAUUUGCGAUGUUGGUAG